CAUUUCACUAAUUAACACAAAUUUCAUUUUUACAGAGGUUGCACAUUCUCAAUUUGGUGUGUGUGUGUGUGUGUAUCUAUAUAUAUUCACCCUAAAGUCUACAAAGGCCCCUGGUUUAAGAAAACUGUAGUCAAUACAAAGGUAGAAUCAGUUAUAGUCACAUAAAAAAGAAGCAAGAGCCACACACACACACACACACAUUUCUGCUCACCAAAUCAAACCAAUUAAGGCCAAAACAUGCACGCCAAGAAACACAACCCAAACCCCCAUAUAACACACAUGACCACCUCCUAACCCAAAACACCCAUAACAUGCUCAACAACAACGCCACCACCAUGAUCAACUCUAGCACCACCAACAACAACAACAGCACUUCCUUCUGCUCCUCCUCCUCCACCUUCUUGUUUCCCGGUGACGAUGCUGCCGGUUUUUUUACUUUCCGGCGAAUUUUCUUGCUGCAAGAAGUGCAAAUUUUGGAGAUUUUUCUUGCUCUCUCUGUUUUCAUAGCCAUUCAUUCUUUGAGACAGAAGAAAAAUCAAGGCCUACCCAUAUGGCCAUUUGUUGGUAUGUUACCGUCCUUACUGCCUGCCAUUAGAGGCAACACUUACGAGUGGCUUUCUGAUGUUCUCUGUAAUCAAAAUGGGACUUUUAGAUUCAAAGGUCCAGUGUUUAGCAGUCUCAACUGUGUUAUCACAGCCGAUCCUCGAAACCUCGAGCACUUGCUCAAGACCAAAUUCUCUAACUUCCCAAAAGGACACUACUUUCGUGACAAUCUUCGUGAUCUUCUCGGAGAAGGAAUCUUCAACGCCGACGAUGAAGUCUGGCAGAAACAGAGGAAGACAGCGAGUAUUGAGUUUCACUCGGCGAAGUUCAGACAAUUAACGAUCGAGUCACUCCUCGAACUCGUCCACUCGAGGUUGCUACUAGUCCUUGAAAAUGCAGUCGAGAAUUCAAUCUCAAUCGAUCUUCAAGACAUCCUGUUGAGGUUAACAUUCGACAAUGUCUGUAUGAUCGCAUUCGGGGUCGACCCGGGUUGUUUGAAUCCGGGUUUACCCGAGAUUCCAUUCGCGAAAGCAUUCGAGGACGCGACAGAAGCAACAGUACUGCGUUUUGUUUCUCCAACUUGUCUGUGGAAGACAAUGAGAUUCCUUAAUUUGGGGACAGAGAAGAAGCUGAAGAGAAGCAUAAAAGGAGUCGAUGAAUUUGCAGAGGAAGUUAUCAGAAAAAGAAAGAAAGAACUGGGUCUACAAGUUGACGAUGAUAAGAAGCAGCGAUCGGAUCUCUUGACAAUUUUUAUGAGAUUGAAGGAUGAACAGGGGAGGCCAUUUUCGGACAAGUUUUUGAGAGAUAUUUGUGUGAAUUUCAUACUUGCAGGGAGAGACACUUCUUCUGUGGCAUUGAGUUGGUUUUUCUGGUUGAUUGAUCAAAACCCACAUGUGGAAGAGAAGAUUCUUGCAGAGAUGUGCAGGAUUUUGAGAGAAAGAAAGGACUUUGGCAAUGGAGAGAGUGAUAAUCCUCUGGUUUUCAAGCCGCAGGAGAUAAAGAAGAUGGAGUAUCUACAAGCUGCAAUAUCAGAGGGUCUUAGAUUGUAUCCUUCAGUUCCAGUUGAUCACAAAGAGGUUGUUGAAGAUGAGAUCUUUCCAGAUGGGACAGUACUGAAGAAAGGAACGAAAGUGAUAUAUGCAAUUUAUGCAAUGGCCAGGAUGGAGGCAAUUUGGGGUAACGACUGCAGGGAGUACAGGCCGGAGAGGUGGCUGAGAGUCGAUGGCCGGUUCAUGAGUGAAUCGGCCUACAAGUUCACCGCCUUCAACGGCGGUCCGCGACUGUGUUUGGGGAAGGACUUUGCUUAUUAUCAGAUGAAAUUUGCUGCUGCAUCAAUCUUAUAUCGUUACCAUGUCCAAGUUGUGAAGGGACAUCCUGUGGUGCCAAAGCUUGCCUUGACAAUGUAUAUGAAGCAUGGAUUGAAGGUUAAUCUAAUCAAGCGCGACGAGUUCGAGCUUCAUAAGUACCUUAAGAUGAACUAUUAAUUGUCUUUGAUAGUAUGUUUUAAUAACUAUGGUCUUUCAUCAAAAAAAAUUUCCUGAUUGUGAUUGCUGAAGAAUAUUACUCCAUAUAUGAUUUGUUAUUUAUAAAGCUGGGUAGAUUGAGAAGGUUGAGCUAGUAAUAUACAGGUAGGGUAAGGGUUGCUCAUGACAUGAUAAUGGCUUAUCUAUGUCAUAUAAGUAUUUAUAGUGUGGGGUGUUUAGUCAAAUAAUCAAUUUCAAGUCGAGAUUAGUUAUUUUGUCA